AUGGAGAUUAACGUAGCGCCACCCAAACGUGGCGAGGUUCGCAUCACUCAACGAGGAGUUGACCCAACGGGUGUAUACCCCUGCAUCCUGGGGCACGAGUCUUGUGGGGAGGUGGAGUCCGUCGGAGAAGGCGUCGUCACAUGCAAGCCCGGUGACAAAGUCAUUCCCCUUUGGGAGGGAGUCAUGCCAUUGGACAAAACUUCGCGCUUCACUACCAAAGAAGGAAAACCAAUUCACCACUUCAUGGGCACAUCUAGCUUCUCGCAAUACACUGUGGUACCUCAAGAAUGUAUUGCCGUCAUCCCAGAUAACAGCCCCAUGAAUAUGAUGUGCCUGCUAGGAUGUGGAGUACCAACGGGCAUGGGUGCUGCCAUAAAUACAGGAAAGGUUGAGAGGGGAUCCACCGUUGCCGUUUACGGGCUCGGCUGCGUUGGUCUCGCCUGCGUAGAAGGCGCCCGUCUGUGUGGUGCAAAGGAAAUUAUUUGUGUGGAUAUCAACGACCACAAACUCGAAGUUGCAAAGAAAUUCGGGGGGACAAAAUUCAUUAACCCGAAGAAGUUUGACAAGCCGAUCCAGGAAGUUAUAAUUGAUAUGACAGACGGCGGCGUCGACUACGCGUUUGAGUGCACGGGGAGCACAAACGUGAUGCGAAGUGCAGUUGAAUCAACUUGCAAGGGAUGGGGACUAGCAGUGAUCGUUGGAAUCGGAGAAGCCGGAAAAGAGAUAAGCACAAGGCCUUACCACUUCAUUGUGGGCCGACAACUCAAAGGCUCUGUAUUUGGCGGUUGGAGAUCUAGAGAGGACAUUCCGAAGCUCGCCCAGAAAGUCAUCCGUGGCGAAAUUCAGUUGGAGAAGUACUGUACCCACAGCAUGCACUUGUCACAGAUCAAUGAAGCCUUUGAUUUGCUGAAGAAGACUGAAUGUAUCCGCUGCGUCAUGAAUAUGCAAGAAAAGUGA